GAUCUGGGCUGUCGCUUCAAGGACUCCACGCAGAGAAUCACGUCGCAGAAGAUUGUCAAGGACAUGGGGCUCAGCUCAGCCUGGGAUUUGGAGGACUUGGUGGGACUAUGUAAAGUGAAAAAGGCCUGCCCUUACUUCCUGUCUCGCGGCCUCCGGGAGGAAGCUGACCUGGUUAUCUGCCCCUACAACUACCUGGUGGACCCCAUCAUCCGCGACUCGAUGAUGAUCAGUCUAAAGGGUCACGUGGUCAUCCUAGACGAGGCCCACAACAUUGAGGACGCGGCGCGCGAGGCUGCCAGUCAGAGCAUCGGACAGGACACGCUGGUCAAGGCCAUCAAGGACAUCGACUCGCUCAUGGAACAAAACAUCAGUCUGGCCGACCACUCGAAGCUACGCUCAAUG